AUGGUUAUUUCUGAAGGGUCCUUUCCACAACUAAAGGCACUAAUACUGAAGAACAUGCUCAAUGUCAACCAGUUGACAGUUGGGAAGGAUGCUCUUCCAAAAAUUGAAGGUUUAUAUAUUGUGGCGCUGCCGAAACUGAAUAAGUUUCCUGAAGGAUUUGAAUCCCUUGUGUCUUUAAGGAAGCUGUGGUUACUGUCUCUGCAUAAGGAUUUCAAAAUCCUGUGGGAGUUAAGUAGAAUGCGCCAGAAGAUGCCACAAGUGGUGGAGGUUCGCGUCGAGUGA